AUGGCUACCACAAACCCGACUAUCACGUCGCUUACAUCGAUCAACCCUACUCACGCUCCGGGGCUUACAACGGCGCUUGCCAGCGCCACCCUGGCUUUCGCUGGUGCCACUCAAGAUGGUGAUCUUUAUCAGUACAGUAAACUGAUUGCUGCUGCCAGUAACUCCCUCGCUGUGAUCAGCGCUCAGGCUGUCAUGGCCACAGCUUCAGGUGCAGACAAGCUGCUGGCUUCAGAUGAGAUCAUGGCGGCUGCCACUGAGCUUGUCAAGAUUGCAUAUGAAGAUAACAUGUACCGUGCUGAUCUUAAUAUGGGUGCCAAUGUCUUCUUUUGUGUGGUGUUUGGCUUGCUCAUGAUCUUCCACUUUCUGGUGGCUGGAUACUUCCGUUACUGGUACUAUUUUGUGGUGCUUGGUGUUGGUAGUGGUCUUGAUUUCGGAGGCUACCUUGCUAGAUGUAUCAGUGCCACCGAUGAGACGUUGGUGGAUCCGUUCUUGGUCCAGAUCAUUGUCCUUACCAUUGCUCCAGCAUUCAUCAUGGCCGGUAUCUAUUAUAUGCUUGGUAGACAAUUGGUUUAUAUUGGCAGCGGAUAUUCAUGGCUUAAACCCAGGUGGUUUUCGUACAUCUAUAUCUCCUGUGAUGUCAUUUCCUUGGUGAUUCAGGCCAUUGGUGGUGGUAUGGCUGCUACCGCCUUGACUGCGAAUAAAGAUACCGAUGACGGAACCCAUAUUAUGGUUGCCGGUAUUGCUUUCCAGGUGGCUACCAUGUCGUCGUUCCUUAUCGUGGGCGGCAAUUUCGUAGCUCGCUCCUGGUUCAGGGCUCUGCCGGAGGUGAAGUUCUCUUUGGGUAACCUUUUCGCCCUUGCCUUUCACACUCCCCGUGGUAAGGAAUUGCAGAAGAAAUUGGAACCAAACUAUGAUCCAAAGUACGCUCACGUCAGAUCCAGAAAGUUAUUCCCAUUCAUCUUCACUGCCAUCUUUGCCGGUACUGUCCUCAUUUACAUCCGUUGUAUCUAUAGAUUGGUGGAACUUUCCGAGGGCUGGACCGGUUACACUAUCCGUCACGAAGCGUUCUUGUUCUGUCUUGAUGCUCUUAUGGUUUUCCUUACCUGUACUAUUUUUGUUCCAUUCCACCCAGGUUUCAUCUGGGGCCACUACCACCCAACACUUUCCUUCAGAAACAAGAAACAGCCAGAAAGCCACGACUUUGACGAUAACGAGAAGCUUUAUGGCGACUCCAACUCCAACUCUCAGUAUCAGAACCCUUCAGAAGGUUCUGCUGGUGAUGCUGAGAAGUUACAUAGAGGUGACGGCUCGUUAAAGAGUGGUGAAAGAACCCCUGAACACACCACCACCCAGUACGACAUUCCACAUGACGAAGAUGAGGUUCCCUACCAUGCCAGAACACAGGAUGCCUUUGCUGACGCUGAAGAGUAUACUCAGCAGCAAAGAGACCCAUAUGCUCUCCCACUAGAGUCUCCCGAAAGGAUUGCCAAGCCUCAGGAUUUUACCGCCCCAAGGGAUGGCACUCAGGCUCUUUAG